AUGAAGGCAAAGAUUGUAAAGUCCUCUUUAAUUCUUGUUCAUUCCGAAGAAGGGGGUGAACGAACUUAUUUACGUUUACAUAAAGUUGUGCAUGAAGCUUUAAAACGAGGCGAGUUAGCUUACCUGAAAUCAUUUAAGAGUGACCACACUAUGGCAGAAGCGGUAAAGAUUUUCAACUCCCAACUCAAAGAAAAUGAAAGGGAUUAUGCGUUUUGUAAAAAAUUGAGGCCCCACUGUGAAUCUUUACUUAAGCAGAUGACGUCAAAGUUUAGUUUGGAUCACAGCACUUUUUUAGAAAGGUUUGCACCCUUCGUAGAUUUGGAUACAGUAAUUGAUUGGCUACAUACUCUCGCCUUGCUCUGUCAAAAAAGCUCCCAUUUCGUCUUUGCGAAACUUGUGGCCAACUUAGCAUACGAUCUACUGGAGAACUUAGACGACACUUUCACGGAUGCGUUUACUCGUAAAUGGGAGGUUUUAAAUGUGAGUGGCGAAGUAUACAACAGGCUGGGAGAAUACAAUCAAGCAAAAGAACUUCACGAAAUAGCACUGAUGAUUUCCAAAAAGAUUUUUGGUGAAGAUCAUGCCGAUGUAGCAACAAGUUAUCACAACUUGGCAUCCGUGUACGAUGGACUGGGACAAUACAAACAAGCCAAAGAAUUUCACGAAAAAGCACUGAUGAUUUCCAAAAAGAUUUUUGGUGAAGAUCAUGCCGAUGUAGCAACAGGUUAUAACAACUUGGCAUCAGUGUACAACAACCUGGGAGAUUACAAUCAAGCCAAAGAACUUCACGAAAAAGCACUGACGAUUCGCGGAAGGAUUUUUGGUGAAGAUCAUGCCGAUGUAGCAGCAGGUUAUAACAACUUGGCAUCAGUGUACAACAGCCUGGGAGAAUACAAUCAAGCCAAAGAACUUUUCGAAAAAGCACUGACAAUAUGCGAAAAGAUUUUUGGUGAACAACAUGCCGAUGUAGCAACAACUUAUAACAACUUGGCAGCAGUGUACAACAGCCUGGGAGAAUACAAUCAAGCCAAAGAACUUCACGAAAAAGCACUGACGAUUCUUGAAAAGAUUUUUGGUGAAGAUCAUGCCGAUGUAGCAACAAGUUAUAACAACUUGGCAUUAGUGUACAACAGCCUGGGAGAAUACGAUCAAGCCAAAGAACUUCACGAAAAAGCACUAACGAUUCGCGAAAAGAUUUUUGGUGAAGAUCAUGUCGAUGUAGCAGCAAGUUAUCAAAACCUGGCAUUCGUGUACAACUGCCUAGGAAAAUACAGUCAAGCCAAAGAACUUCACGAAAAAGCACUGAUGAUUUCCAAAAUGAUUUUUGGUGAAAAUAAUGCCAAUGUAGCAACAAGUUAUAACAACUUGGCAUUAGUGUACGAGAGCCUGGGAGAAUACAAUCAAGCCAAAGAAUUUCACGAAAAAGCACUGACGAUUAACCGAAAGAUUUUUGGUGAAGAUCAUACCACUAUAGCAACAAGUUAUAUCAACUUGGCAUCAGUGUACGAGAGCCUGGGAGAAUACAAUCAAGCUAAAGAACUUCAAGAAAAAGGACUGACGAUUUCCCAAAAACUUUUUGGUGAAGAUCAUGCCGAUGUAGCAACAAGUUAUAACAACUUGGCAUCAGUCUACAACCGCCUGGGAGAACACAAUCAAGCCAAAGAACUUUGCGAAAAAGCACUGACGAUUCGCGAAAAGAUUUUUGGUGAAGAUCAUGGCGAUGUAGCAGCAAGUUAUAACACUUUGGCAUUAGUGUACAACAGCCUGGGAGAAUACAAUCAAGCUAAAGAACUUCAUGAAAAAGCACUGAUGAUUUCCACAAAGAUUUUUGGUGAAAAUCAUGCCCAUGCAGCAACAAGUUAUAACAACUUGGCAUCAGUGUACGACGACCUGGGAGAAUACAAUCAAGCCAAAGAACUUUAUGAAAAAGCACUGACGAUUCGCAAAAAGAUUUUUGGUGAAGAUAAUGCCCAUGUAGCAACAAGUUAUAACAACUUGGCAUCAGUGUACGACGACCUGGGAGAAUACAAUCAAGCCAAAGAACUUUACGAAAAAGCACUGACGAUUCGCAAAAAGAUUUUUGGUGAAGAUCAUGCCGAUGUAGCAGGAAGUUAUAACCAUUUGGCGGUAGUGUACAAAAGUCUGAAAGAGUACAAUCAAGCCAAAGAACUUUACGACAAAGCACUGACGAUUCGCAAAAAGAUUUUUGGUGAAAAUCAUGCCGAUGUAGCAACAAGUUAUAACAACUUGGCAGCAGUGUACAACAGCCUGGGAGAAUACAAUCAAGCCAAAGAACUUCUCGAAAAAGCACUGACGAUUCGCGAAAAGAUUUUUGGUGAAAAUCAUGCCGAUGUAGCAACAAGUUAUAACAACUUGGCAGCAGUGUACAACAGCCUGGGAGAAUACAAUCAAGCCAAAGAACUUCACGAAAAAGCACUGACGAUUCUUAAAAAGAUUUUUGGUGAAAAUCAUGCCGAUGUAGCAGCAAGUUAUAACAACUUGGCAGCAGUGUACAACAGCCUGGGAGAAUACAAUCAAGCCAAAGAACUUCACGAAAAAGCACUGACGAUUCUUAAAAAGAUUUUUGGUGAAGAUCAUGCCCAUGUAGCAACAAGUUAUAACAACUUGGCAGCAGUGUACAACAGCCUGGGAGAAUACAAUCAAGCUAAAGAACUUCACGAAAAAGCACUGACGAUUCGCGAAAAGAUUUUUGGUGAAGAUCAUGUCGAUGUAGCAGCAAGUUAUCAAAACUUGGCAUUCGUGUACAACUGCCUGGGAAAAUACAGUCAAGCCAAAGAACUUCACGAAAAAGCACUGAUGAUUUCCAAAAUGAUUUUUGGUGAAAAUAAUGCCAAUGUAGCAACAAGUUAUAUCAACUUGGCAUCAGUGUACGAGAGCCUGGGAGAAUACAAUCAAGCUAAAGAACUUCAAGAAAAAGGACUGACGAUUCUUAAAAAGAUUUUUGGUGAAGAUCAUGCCCAUGUAGCAACAAGUUAUAACAACUUGGCAUCAGUCUACAACAGCCUGGGAGAACACAAUCAAGCCAAAGAACUUUGCGAAAAAGCACUGACGAUUCGCAAAAAGAUUUUUGGUGAAGAUCAUGGCGCUGUAGCAGCAAGUUAUAACACCUUGGCAUUAGUGUACGACAGCCUGGGAGAAUACAAUCAAGCUAAAGAAUUUCAUGAAAAAGCACUAAUGAUUUCCACAAAGAUUUUUGGUGAAAAUAAUGCCCAUGUAGCAACAAGUUAUAACAACUUGGCAUCAGUGUACGACGACCUGGGAGAAUACAAUCAAGCCAAAGAACUUUACGAAAAAGCACUGACGAUUCGCAAAAAGAUUUUUGGUGAAGAUCAUGCCGAUGUAGCAGGAAGUUAUAACGAUUUGGCAGUAGUGUACAAAAGUCUGAAAGAGUACAAUCAAGCCAAAGAACUUCUCGAAAAAGCACUGACGAUUCGCAAAAAGAUUUUUGGUGAAAAUCAUGCCGAUGUAGCAACAAGUUAUAACAACCUGGCAGCAGUGUACAACAGCCUGGGAGAAUACAAUCAAGCCAAAGAACUUUACGAAAAAGCACUGACGAUUCUUGAAAAGAUUUUUGGUGAAGAUCAUGCCGAUGUAGCAAUAAGUUAUAACAACUUGGCAUUAGUGUACAAAAGCCUGGGAAAAUACAGUCAAGCCAAAGAACUUCACGAAAAAGCACUGACGAUUUCCAAAAAAAUUUUUUGGUGAAAAUAAUGCCAAUGUAGCAACAGGUAAUAACAACUUGGCAAUAGUGUACGACAAGCUAGGAGAAUACAAUCAAGCCAAAGAACUUUACGACAAAACACUGACGGUUUACCAAAAGAUUUUUGGUGAAGAUCAUGCCGCUGUAGCAACAAGUUACAACAACCUAGCAUCACUGUACGAGAGCCUGGGAGAAUACAAUCAAGCCAAAGAACUUCAAGAAAAAGCACUGAUGAUUUACGAAAAGAUUUUUGGUGAAGAUCAUGGCGAUAGCAGCAAGGUUAUAACAACUUGGCAUUAGUGUACGACAGCCUGGGAGAAUACAAUCAAGCUAAAGAACUUCAUGAAAAAGCACUGAUGAUUUCCACAAAGAUUUUUGGUGAAAAUAAUGUGCAUGUAGCAACAAGUUAUAACAACUUGGCAUCAGUGUACAACGACCGGAGAGAAUACAAUCCAGCCAAAGAACUUUACGAAAAAGCACUGACGAAUCGCAAAAAGAUUUUUGGUGAAGAUCAUGCCGAUGUAGCAACAAGUUAUAACAAUUUGGCAGUAGUGUACAACAGCCUGAAAGAGUACAAUCAAGCCAAAGAACUUGCCUUAAAAGCACUGAGGAUUCGCAAAAAGAUUUUUGGUGAAGAUCAUGCCGAUGUAGCACUACAAGUUAUAACAACUUGCCAUUAGUGUACAACAGCCUGGGAGAAUACAACCAAGCCAAAGAACUUGACAAAAAAGCACUGAUGAUUUCAAAGAAGAUUUUUGGUGAAGAUAAUGCCUAUGUAGCAACAAGUUAUGACAACUUGGCAUCAGUGUACAACAGCUUG